UAGAUGCUACCGCAGCACUUUUUUCUUGCUUUUUUUUUCUCCCUCUCGAGCGGAAAAGCAGCGAAUCACGAAGAAGCAGACUCUUGACAUGCAUGCACUCUCGAGACUUGAGCAGCACCGUGGUGAUAGUUCUGCUGUGGUGGGAUGCGAUAAACGGGAACUGGUACGCUCGAUACCGCUAUCGCGGACCUCUGCAGGACCGUUCGAAGGUAGAGUAAGUAUCGGCAACCCACCCAUCCAGCACCCCCGAAUUUCUAUAUAAACCAGGUCGCCCGUCCCGCAACGUCGGUUCUUCAGCAGUCCCAACAGCUCUACAUCCCACAGAAUAAAAACAAUUUAGCAGUAUAACAUUCACAGCAUCCACCAUGUCUACCACUACUACUACCAUCACUUCCCCCAUUGCCGAGACCCUGCCUAGCACUCUCACUAUCAAAGAAGAGUCCACUCGCAACCAGUUCACCACGCCUCCCAAAUACACCGGCGCUCUCGACAAGUACGAGAAGUUCGACGUCACUCGCGUCAUCGGCACCGAGUUCAAACAAGGCAUCCAAUUGGCGGACCUUCUCAAGGCUCCCAAUUCCGAUGACUUAAUCCGUGAUUUGUCCAUCCUUGUGGCCCAGCGUGGUGUCGUCUUCCUCCGUGCGCAGGAGAUCAGCCUUCAGGAGCAGAAGGAACUUACUCAGAAGUUGGGUGUUUUGAGCGGAAAGCCCGAUAGCAGUGGGCUCCAUACACACCCACUUACCCGAGAGGUAAUAUCACCUCUAAGACUCCCUUGCCAGUUAUCUUGCUAACUGGGUUCUGCAGUUCUCUGAGCUCGGCGACGAGGUGACUGUCAUUAGCACCGAAGGAAAGAAGGGUCUGAACCGCAGACUCCGCCCAUCCUACAAGGAUGAGAGGUCUGGCCUCGCCAGCUCGGGAUGGCAUAUGGAGGUUACUUUUGAAGAGAUUCCAAGUGACUGUAUGUAACGGAAUCCCCCGAAUAUCAACCAGACACUGACUUGGACAUUAGACUCCGUCCUGAAGAUGACUACCCUCCCAGAGACUGGCGGAGACACCCUUUGGGCUUCCGCAUAUGAGGCGAGUUUUUCUUGGAGCGAUGCCAGCUAUUCUGGGAUUUCAGCACUAACAUCAUGCAGGCCUACGACCGUCUCUCCCCCUCCUUCCGCAAGACCCUUGAGGGCUUGACUGCCACUCACGACUCCCCUAGAUUUGCUGAGGUUGCCGCGCGCGAUGGCUUCCGGCUCAGGACUGACCGCGGCGCUCCCCAGAACUCUGGCCUCGAUUUGGUGGCUGUUCACCCCGUCAUUCGUACCAACCCUGUCACCGGAUGGAAGGGGCUCUUCGUCAACAAGGGCUUCACCCGCCGAAUCAAUGAGCUCACCAAGGACGAGUCGGACUAUAUGCUCGACUUCCUUUUCAAGCACGUCAGCGAGAAUCACGAUCUCCAGUGCCGGUGAGUGCCAUCCCACCGAUUCUAGCGGGUAUAUGUUCUAACGUGGAAAUAGCUUGAAAUGGAUGGAAUACGAGAACAAGAACGCCCAUGAUGUCGCUAUCUGGGAUAACCGCAGCGCUUUCCACACCGCUACGGACGACUACUUCGACUUUGGCGGUGUCCGCAGAGGAACCAUGUUUGUUUCCCUGGGAGAGAAGCCCUACUUUGACCCCAACAGCAAAUCCCGCCGUGUGGAUUUGGGCCUCGGUCCCUUCUCCGGCCAGUUCGAAUGGCUGUAGGCUAUUGAACUCGCAGAGCUAGCCCCCCCCCCCCCCGAACGAGAGAGGAAUUAUCGCCCAUGGCCCACAGACUUGUUAUGAUUUCUUAGCAUUUUUCUCAUUUUUAUUUUUACUUUGCAAUGUUGGGAAUGGGGUGCUUUUGGGGUUUUGGCUUUCCUUUCUGAAUGUUUUGAAUGAUUGCUUGGUGAAUACAUUGGGAUUAUCACG